UUAUAACUCAACACUAACUAAAGUUGGAUUUUUAUUUAAUCCAAAUCUAAAAAAAUCUUUGCGAUCGUUAUUUUCGUUGUCUGCUCUCGGCUCUCGCGUGUUCUCGCUUCCUCGGCUCUCUGCUCUCGGCUCUCGCGUGUACUCUGCCAUUCAGACCUUCAGCGUCGGGAUGGCGAAGGCCAUAAUUGCGCCGUCGAUGCUGUCAUCGGACUUCGCCAAUUUGUCCUCUGAAGCCCAAAAGAUGCUCCGCUGUGGUGCCGAUUGGCUCCAUAUGGACAUCAUGGUACUUCUAUUCUUUACUUCUCCUACUUUAAGAUUAGAGUCACGAAUCUCCCUUGCUUUGUUUUAUAGUCCUUCGGUUGGUGUAGCGAAAAGUUACCAUUAAAUGUUCCCUGUUCAGUUGCUCUGAUUUCAGUCUCAAAUUUUAAGUUGAUUUAUUCUUGUUUAGAUUUAGCCCCAAAUUUGAACCUUUUAGAUGUCAUGUCUUUUUCUUCGUAUGAAUGACUAAAAUAUGAGGGAAAAAAGAAGUAAAAGAAGCUAAGAGACAAUUUAAAAACGGUGAUGAAUUUGUUAGAUGAGAUGAAAGAAAAACUUCAGGAAUGAGGAGUGGAGUUGGGUGCAUACAAGUAUACAACUAGGAGAAAUGAAAAUUUCCGUUUCCUUUUGUAUCCCCAUUUUCCGCCCUUCCAAAAAUGGCAUGCGUAUUACAUCAGAAGUUGCAGCUUUGUGCUUUUAAUCAUUUACUUAAUCCCUAAGCUGUUUUCUGACAAACUUUAUACUCAAGCUGGGCUAAAAUCUUCUCUGUACAAUUGCAGGACGGGUAGGUCGGAUUUAUGGUGUGGCAUACCUAUGCUUACACAUGUCUUAUGGGGAACAUGUAUCAAUUAAGAAAAGCAACUCAAGUGAUUACCUUCAUGCAAAAUGUGACUUCGAUUACUUUUUGUGUUCUUUUGUUGCAGUCACUUUGUACCAAAUCUAACAAUUGGUGUUCCAGUUAUUGAGAGCUUGAGAAAGCACACAGAUGCAUAUUUAGAUUGCCAUCUCAUGGUGACAAAUCCUCUGGAUUAUGUUGAACCAUUAGGAAAAGCUGGUGCUUCAGGUUUUACAUUCCAUGUUGAGGCGUCAAAGGAUAAUUGGCAGGAAAUUGUUCAAAGGAUAAAAUCAAAUGGCAUGAAACCUGGUGUUUCAUUGAAGCCCGGUACUCCAAUUGAAGAAGUCUUUCCACUGCUUGAAGGUGAAAACUCAGUUGAAUUAGUUCUUGUGAUGACUGUUGAACCUGGAUUCGGAGGACAGAAGUUUAUGCCUGAAAUGAUGCAUAAGGUACGUGAACUAAGAAAAAGGUAUCCAACCGUCGACAUUGAGGUGGAUGGUGGUUUAGGAGCUUCAACAAUUGAAAUGGCUGCUUCAGCUGGGGCAAACUGCAUUGUUGCUGGAAGUUCUGUUUUUGGUGCUUCUGACCCAGCUCAUGUCAUAUCACUAUUGCGCCACAGCGUAGAGGCAGCCCAGGAUGGCAACACUGGGUUCUGAUCCACCCAAAACUACCUCUCUGUAUUGUGAUUAUAAUUGAAUUCCCAUAGAAAUUUAUCACAGUAAUAAAUAAGAGUACUUAGUUACAGAGAUUACAUCCUUAUUGUCAAACUAGUACUAAAGAUAACUCUUUCCCUAAAUUCUCUUUCCAGUUUGACUUUACCACACACCAUUCACAAGUCAAGUAUGAACAAUUCUAAAGUUUAUCCAGCGUUCCUUAAAUCCGAAUUACGCAGUUGCCUAUAUUUGUGAAGUAUUAGACGUGUAAGUCGUAUCAUGCGAAAGCGAGGAAAGGUCCUCGACAACAAUUAAAAAAUGUUGUGUAAGAAAGUGUAUUACUCUUCAUUUUCAUGGAUUUUUAUGCCUUAGUUGUUAACCUAAUACUAUCUAUAUGCGCAAAUUUUUAUGAAUGACUGGAUGAGGAAUUGAGGAUGCUUUUUGCUGUUUUGCAUCAUAUAUGAAGGUGCAAAAAUGUAAAUGUGUAAAUUUAUUAUUAUGAAGGUUCAAUUUGAACUAGUAGCGAAUAGGUUUAAUUUGAGGCUAUUACUUGCUCUUUAUGAUGCGAGUAUGUUGGCAACUUGGCAAUGGAUUAAAUUGAAUCAUGAGUUGCUAUUUUGACACUUCAUAGUUGGUACUUGGUAGUCUAUAUGCAGUUCCAAAACUUCAAUAGUUCAAUUUGACUGUAUUGAUCCUUAGAUUCGCCUCUGGUGUUGGAAAAUUUGAGAAUAAAUAUUUCAAAUGAAUAAAAUUAUCUUUGAAUUUUAUUCAUACAACCUGUGUGAUGGAGUCCCAUGAAGCAGAUUCAUAUGGGUAUUUACAAAUCUUCUAUUAGUUAUUGCCCUAAAUUACUAAAUAGGACUAUGAGUCCCUAAAAAGCACAAAUAGAACUACUACUUUUUAAAUUCCCAUACGACUACAUUUAUUUUCUACCCUAAAUACCCCUAAGGGUAUUAUUUCAUAACGAAAUGUUUUAAUUCAUAAUAAAAUCAUAAAUAAUAAUAAAAAAACGUAAAAAAAAUUAAAAAUUAAUAAAAUAUUUAUAAAAUAAAAUUUCAAUUUUUUUAAAAUAAUAAUAAACAAAAAAAAGCUCAUAAAAGAUAUGGAUACCUUUCUCACCGCCUCCCAGCACCACCACCUCUGAUCGGUGAAUUUGCUACCACGUUUUGUAAAAAAAUGCCAUCUUUUUCUGAAAAUGCAAAGAAAAU